GGACUUCCAGAUCAGACUCCACUUCACAGCUGACAGAGCAGGAACAGAAAAACAAGUUCUGACACCUGUUGAAUCUUCAUAUGAUAAACGAUGGCAACACAUAAAGAAGUCCUUCUGCAGACCUUGGAGGACUUGGGAGGUGAUGACUUCAAAAAAUUCAAGUGGAUACUGUGUCAGAAGGGGGCCAUGGAAGGUUUCCCAUCAAUCCCAACAAGUCGGCUGGAGAACGCAGACAGGCUGGACACAGUCGAUCAAAUGUUCCAGACCUACUCAACCAAUACCGUUAAAGUUACUAAAAUGGCUUUGGUGAAGAUUGACAAAAAUGAUCUGCUGAAAAAUUUGAAAGACAUAACCUCAGAACCCACAGAGAUUCAGAGAUUAUGUCAGCACAAGUUCAAGUCAAAUCUGAAGAAGAGGUUACAGUGUGUGUUUGAGGGGAUUGCUAAAGCAGGAAACAAAACAAUUCUGAAUCAGAUCUACACAGAGCUCUACAUCAUAGAGGGAGGGACUGCAGAGGUCAGUAAUAAACAUGAAGUCACUCAGAUUGAAACAGCAUCCAGGAAACUAGACAGACCAGAAGCAACAAUUAGACAGGAAGCCAUCUUUAGAGCCUCACCUGGAAGAGAUGAACCAAUCAGAACAGUGCUGACAAUGGGAGUGGCUGGCAUUGGGAAAACAGUCUUAGCACACAAGUUCACUCUGGACUGGGCUGAAGGAAAAACAAACCAGGACAUCCAGUUCAUGUUUCCAUUCACUUUCAGAGAGUUGAAUGUGCUGAAAGAGGAAAAGUUCAGCUUGGUGGAACUUGUUCAUCACUUCUUUACUGAAACCAAAGAAGCAGGAAUCUGCAGCUUUGAAGACUUCAAGGUUGUGUUCAUCUUUGAUGGUCUGGAUGAGUGUCGACUUCCUCUGGACUUCAACAAAACUAAAAUCCUGACUGAUGUUACUGAGUCCACCUCAGUGAAUGUGCUACUGACCAACCUCAUCAGGGGGAAAUUGCUUCCCUCUGCUCACCUAUGGAUAACCACAAGACCUGCAGCAGCCAAUCAGAUCCCUUCUGACUGUGUUUGUAUGGUGACAGAGAUCAGAGGGUUUACUGACCCACAAAAGGAGGAGUACUUCAGGAAGAGAUUCAGAGAUAGGGAGCAGGCUGGCAGGAUCAUCUCCCACAUUGAGACAUCACAAAGCCUCCACACAAUGUGCCACAUCCCAGUCUUCUGCUGGAUCACUGCUGCAGUUCUGGAGAAUUUCCUGAAAACCAGUGAGGGUAGAGAUUUACCCAAGACUUUAACUGAUAUGUACAGCCACUUCCUGGUGCUACAAGCCAAAGGGAAGAAGGGCAAGUCUAAUGGCGGAGCUGACAGAGAUUCAUGGUGGAGUCCCGAAAUCAAGAAGAUGAUUGAGUAUCUGGGAAAACUUGCCUUUGAUCAGCUUCAGAAAGGAAACCUGAUCUUCUAUGAAUCAGACCUGACAGAGUGUGGCAUCGAUAUCAGUGAUGCUUCAGUGUACUCAGGAAUGUUCUCACACAUAUUUAAAGAGGAGAGAGGACUGUACCAGGACAAGGUGUUCUUCUUCAUCCAUCUGAGUGUUCAGGAGUUUCUGGCUGCUCUUUAUGUCCAUCUGACCUUCAUCAACUCUGGAGUCAACCUGCUUAAAGAAAAAACAUAUCAGUUGUCUAAAGUUUUCAGAAACAAACAUACAGUUAAACAGUUUUACAAGAGUGCUGUGAAGAAGGCCUUACAGAGUCCAAAUGGACACCUGGACUUGUUCCUCCGUUUCCUCCUGGGUCUUUCAAUGCUGAACAAUGAGAGUCCCUCACAAGGCCUGCUGACACAGAUAGGAAGUAUCUCACAGAAUAAUCAGGAAAUAGUCCAGUACAUCAAGAAGAAGAUCAAUGAGAACCUGUCUGCAGAGAAAUGCAUCAAUCUGUUCCACUGUCUGAACGAACUCAGUGAUUGUUCUCUAGUGGAGGAGAUCCAACAGUCCCUGAGAUCAGGAAGUCUCUCCACAAAUAAACUGUCUCCUGCUCAGUGGUCAGCUCUGGUCUUCAUCUUACUGUCAUCAGAAAAAGAUCUGAAUGAGUUUGACCUGAAAAAAUACUCUGACUCAAAUUCAGAGGAGGCUCUUCUGAGGCUGCUUCCAGUUGCCAAAGCCUCCAAGAAAGUGCUGCUGAGGGGUUGUAACCUCUCAGAGAGAAGCUGUGAAGCUCUAGCCACAAUCCUCAGCUCCCCAUCCAGUAAUGUAAAAGAGCUUGACCUGAGUGAAACCAGUUUGCCAGAUUCAGGGAUGAAGCUACUUUCCUCUGGACUGAUGAGUACACACUGUACUUUAGGCAGUCUCAGUUUAAGGAGUUGCAAUUUGUCAGAAAUCAGCUGUAAUUCUCUGGGCUCAGCUCUGAAGUCCAACUCCUCAUAUCUGAAAGAGCUGGAGCUGAGUUCCAAUGACCUACGGGAUUCAAGAGUGGAGAAACUCUGUGGUUUUCUGGAGAGUCAGAAAUGCAGACUGGAGACUCUGAGUUUAUGGAACUGCUGCUUGUCAGAGAUCAGCUGUGCUCUUCUGGGCUCAGCUCUGAAGUCUAAUCCUGCACAUCUGAGGGAGCUGGACCUGAGUAAAAACUAUCUGCAGGAUCAAGGAGUGAAUCAACUGUGUGGUUUUCUGGAGAGUCCACAUUGUAGACUGGAGACUCUGAGACUGGAGAAUUGCAGGUUAUCGGAGAUCAGCUGUCUGGGCUUAGCACUGAAGUCCAAUCCCUCCAACAUGAGAGAGCUGUACCUGAGUCAGAACAACCUGCAGUAUUCCGGAGUGAAACAGCUGUGUGGCUUUCUGGAGGGUCGAAACUGUAGACUGGAAACACUGGGAUUGAGGAGCUGCAGUUUGUCAGAGACCAGCUGCCUGUUUGCAGCUCUGAAGUCUAACCCUUCCCAUCUUAAACAUCUGGACCUGAGAGGGAACAAGCUGCAGGAUUCGGGAAUGAAACAGUUGUGUGGUUUUCUGGAGAGUCGGCAAUGUAGACUGGAGACUCUGAGAUUGAUGGGCUGCUGUUUGUCAGAGAUUAGCUGUACUCCUUUGGGCUCAGCUCUGAAGUCCAACCCCUCCUAUCUGAGAGAACUGGACCUGAGUCACAACAACGACCUGCAGGAUUCAGGAGUGAAGCAGCUCUGUGGUUUUCUGGAGAGUCGGCACUGUAGACUGGAGAUUCUGAGACUGGAUAGCUGCAGUUUGUCCGAAAUCAGUUGUGCAGCUCUGGCCUCAGCUCUGAAAUCCAACCCCUCACAUCUAAAAGAGCUAGACUUAACUGACAAUAAACUGAAAGAUGCAGACAUGAGGCAGCUGUGUGAUCUGGUGGAGAAACCAAAUUGUGGACUGAAGACUCUGAGGUGGAAGCUCUGAUAAACUUGUGUAUGCUGACAGAGAGUGACCUGUGUCCUGAUGAUAUGGAGAGGCUGAAGAAGCAGUAGCUUGUGUGUACAGAUCCUGUGAAUGGGAAAGAUCACAGAGUUUUGAAGAUAGAAGACCUCAACAAGCACAAAGAAUUAGAUGGAAAGGUCAUGUAAAAUGUUAAAAAAAAUAAUCUGUUGCACUAAUUACCAUGAAAUCCAACUUUUAACUGUAAUGUAAUAGGAUGAUGGUGUGAUUCAACUUGUGUUAUCGUAAUGAAAACAAAAAAAUAAGGAUGAAAAGAUAAAUGAAGGUUGACAUUGGUUAUAAGCUGAUUAAACCUUUGAUCUAUAACUGUACAAUAGGGAAGUGAAAGCGCUGCGGAUAUGUUAUGUGGAGAUGGUCAGUGGAGAGGUGCCAUCAACAUUAUUUGUAUUUACAUGUUCAAUUUUAUUCUGUUCUUUCUCACAAUAAACUUCU